AUGAGAUGCAGGUCGCGUAAUCUGCAGGCGCGUCGCAGGAGGUGGCCUUUACGAUUGGGCCUCUUCCUGAUUUACGUCCUCAUGCAAUAUGUCUCCUCCACGAAAGUUCCUUCUUCAACUGAGACGACAGUAAUGCAAUCAUCGAGUUCUGCGAAAUGGACAUCGGAGCCACCGGUAUCUUCGAUCAUCUCCACUGAGGAGGAAGAACCGAUAGAAGAAGACUCGACGAUCGCCGAGGAGGAAUCGAGAAAGACAGGUCAUACGGAGAGAUCUAAAAUCGAAACGUCAAAGGAUCUUGGACGCGCGAAAACCGAAACGGGCGUGAGAGAUCUGUCUAAGGAAACCAAGAUUAAGGAAAAGGAAACCGAGACACUAUCACCGAAACAUGAUCAAAACAGCACCACCACGGUUGCUCCAACCACCCAAAUGACUACGAGAUAUCCGUAUCCCACGGUGAGACCGCGAAGAACCAACUGUUCGGCGCCCGCUAUAGAGCAGUUUCCACGGCCGUUAAUGGGCCCCGAAGCCAGGAAACACGGCGGGCUCAUAAUACACAUUCUGGCUGCUAUCUAUACGUUCCUAGGUCUCGCAAUCGUCUGCGACGAUUACUUCGUUUCAAGUCUAGAUAGGAUCUGCGAAGAACUGAGACUGUCUCCCGAUGUCGCCGGUGCCACUUUCAUGGCAGCAGGCUCUUCUGCGCCCGAAUUGGCGACAGUCAUCAUCGGCGUGUUUUUCGCCAAGGACGACAUCGGAGUCAGCGGCGUAAUUGGCAGCGCUGUCUUCAAUAUAAUGUUCGUUAUAUCGAUCUGUGGCCUAUGCUCCGCGACAGCCGCAAAGUUGAAUUGGUGGCCUCUCUGUCGAGAUUGUUUUUUUUACGCCAUUUCGAUCCUCGUGAUGCUCGGUACGAUUUACAACGAGUCUAUAUCUUGGAUGGAAUCUCUCUUCAUGUUAAUCAUGUACGCAGUUUAUUGCGUGGCACUCUCAUUCAAUGUUAAAUUGGAACGUUGGGCGAAAUCGUACAAUAUUCCGUUUCUGCCGAAAGACGAUGAACCCGCUGAGGAAAGCGCUUUAGUGAGCUACAGAUCCUUACAGGAGGAUCGAUUAUCCUACACUGGUCCUAACUCGCCAGUCACCGAGCAAAUGAAGAAUCAAGAAGGAAAUGGCAUUCAAGAAACGAUUGAGCAACAGCAGCAGCAACAACAACAACAGCAGCAGCAACAACAGCCACCGGCACCGAGACAGCCUGAGUAUUACAAAGCAAAAGAGCCCGAUCCUAACGAAGUAUCGCCCCUCGUGAUGCCGACGGACGGUAGCAAAUGGACCUUGUUCACUUGGGGCCUCGUGUACCCCAUCCACUUCAUGUGCCGGGCGACAAUGCCAGAUUGCCGGCAAGAAAAGUGGCGGAGCUGGUAUCCCUUCACGUUUUGUAUAUCGAUGAUCUGGAUCAGUUUCUAUAGCUACAUAAUGGUGUGGAUGAUCACAAUUAUAGGCAGUACUCUGGGCAUUCCCGACACCGUGAUGGGAUUGACUUUCGUUGCCGCUGGUGUGAGUGUGCCGGACGCCCUUUCCUCAUUGGCGGUCAUUAAAGAGGGUCUUGGUGACAUGGCGGUCAGUAACGCCGUAGGUAGCAAUGUUUUCGACAUCCUGGUAUGCCUCGGUCUUCCGUGGUUCAUACAGACCGCUAUGAUACAGCCCGGGUCGCAUGUUAAUGUUACCAGCAGAGGUUUGACAUAUUCGACCCUUUCUCUACUAUCAACGGUGUUAUUCCUGGUGCUGGCAACACACUUCAAUGGCUGGAAGUUGGACCGACGAUACGGCAUGGUCCUAAUGGUCUGGUACUUAAUAUUUAUCGUGUUCGCAUCGCUCUACGAACUCAAUGUCUUCGGCGAGAUGAAUCCGCCAGUAUGCCCUAGCAAGUUUUAAUGUAAAGACGCCUCGUCCGUUUCCGACCUUUGCUUUGCUCAAACGUGGAAUGAUCGUCCGGAACAAGAACCGUUCCAGUCGAUUAGUCCGCGAACGAUGACGCACGCACGGUCGUAGAUCAUCGUAAAUGCUCAGCGACCUCGUUCGUAUGUCCCUUUCCCCUUCUUCCUACUUAAUAAUGAAAACAGCGAGAGAUGAGCUUAGAAGGUAGCUGCAUGUCGAAAAGAAGCACGAUUUUUAGCUUGCUGCGAAAUUGUUGAAGCGACCGUUUGAGAUUUUAGAUAAGAGCAAACGACUUAUGUCGUUGAGCUUUUUUUCUUUUUAAGCUGUUAUAGAGAAUCUAGACAAUAUGUACUCGUGAGUACACAGGCAUUGUAUUCCAUUGGUGCUAUUGAAAGCGACAAAAAAAAAGAGUAUUUUGCUUGCUUCCGUUCGAUUAACGAGUCUCGAUUUCUUACAAUUGAUUGAAAAUACGGGAAAUGAAUUUUUCCAAGCAACUAAAUUUUCGGACAGGCAAUACGGCUAUUAAGUUGUAAUUAUUAUUAGAUGACGUAUUGAUAAUAUCGGCAGUUAUUUGCUAAAAUCAGAAAAUCGGCAUUAAAUCGACCGUCGCAAAGUUCCAAACUUCUCCAAUCUUAACUCUUAGCCACAGACCUCAUUGUACGUCGCGCGACUUAUCCGAAUUGAUAUAGAAAAGAAAAUGUGAUACGUUUUAUAUCCAUAUCGCGCAAAUGCCUGAGUACCAUGGAAGGGAAAUGCGUCUUGACAAUUAAUCAUUUUAUAUCCUAAACAUUAGAGUAAAAAGAAUCCAAUAGAAGUACGGCUUGUUAGAAUAGAUCUUAGAAGCGUCAUAUCUGCGGCUAAAUGUUAAGACUGUUAACGGUUCUGUGCGAAUUGUCGAAAGUCAAAAGUAUAUCAUUGUGUUACGAACAUGAAAUAAUCGACAAAAGUGGGCGAGAGAACUCUCUCUGAAACUGUCGUCGCAACGUUAAGCGCGAUCCUUAUCCUAUUAUCUGACGUGAUUUCGAAAUACACUUAUUCGUAUAUUUUAAAAUAUAUUUUCUAUCACGGGAGCGCGACGUAUUGUGUAAAAUAUGAAA